CCUCGCCGUGGGGCUCGCAGGGAAAGGCAGCGAUGGCGCGCUGCGGGCCCCAGACGCACAAACGUGGUCUGCUCCCGGGAGAAGGGAGCGGGGCGGCUCCGGCGGGCGGACCCAGCCAUGCACGCGGAGCCGCCACCCCGCCAGGAAGAGGGCGAGGACCGUCAGGCCGCGCUGUCCCUUUAAGACCAUGUUCCUGCUAACCCCAACGGUACCUUGUAAAUUUUAACAGGGUUCCUGGAGGGGCAGUGAGACUAAGCAAGGCCACGUUCCAAAGGGCAGGAGAGUCCCCACCGGGCUUCAGCCUCGCGCAGCUCAGCUCUUCAUGAAUCUCGAUACAGAGGCCCCCAUGGCUGUGAUAAGCCUGCUCUUCCUGGCAGUGAUGUAUGUUGUUCACCACCCCUUGAUGGUCAGUGACCGGAUGGACCUGGACACGUUAGCCAGAAGUCGGCAGCUGGAGAAGCGAAUGAGCGAGGAGAUGCGCCAGUUAGAGAGAGAGUUUGAAGAGAGAAAGCGAGCCGCUGAACAGAGGCAGAAGGCCGAGAACUUCUGGAGGGGAGAAGCGCCCAGUGACCAGUUAGUGCUAGGGAAGAAGGACAUGGGGUGGCCUUUCCAGGCUGACAGCCAGGAGGGACCUCUGGGCUGGAUGCUGGGAAACCUGUGGAACGUUGGCCUCUUCUGCCUUUUUCUCCUCUUUGAGCUCCUGCGACAGAGCUUGCAGCAUGAGCCGGCCUUUGAGUCCAGCAGUGAUGAGGAGGAGGCAGAAUUCCAUGUUGUGCCCGUCACUUCCUGCAGCUGGCUCAUGGACUUCCCCUCCCAGGAGGCCCUGGAAUCCUUUUAUGAGCACUAUGUCCACAGCGCUACCCAUGACCUGCCCUGCACCUGUGAGUUCGUGGAGAGCUUUGUGGAUGACCUGAUUGAGGCCUGUCGGAUGCUCAGCCGCCGGGAGGCUCACCUGCAGCUGGAAGACUGCCUGGGCAUUGGGGCUGCCUUCGAGAAAUGGGGGACCCGCCACGACACCCAGACAUUUGAUAUCCUGGUGCCCAUAGUCCCCCCUCAGGGCUCCAUGUUUGUCCUGGAGAUGAGGGAUCCGGCGCUGGGCCGACGCUGUGGCUGCGUGCUUGUGGAGCUGGAGUGCAUGUGCAAGUGUGAGAAGCUUCCAGGUGACGUGCUGUGCUUGGUGCACCAUAACAAGGACCACCCAGCUGCCCCGGGGAAGUCGACCAGCUCCAUCAAGGCGUCCCUCUGCACCGGCUCCCACCUGGAUGUGCACAAGACCGUACAGUGGUUCCGUGACAUGGUAGGCAAUGCCUGGGCCCUUGUGGCCCACAAGUAUGACUUUAAUCUCAGCCUCCCACCGUCCACCACCUCCUGCAAGCUCAGGUUGGACUACCGCUCAGGCCGCUUUCUCUCAAUCAGCUUGGUCCUGGGGGUGCAACGGGAAGACACCUUGGUCUACCUGGUGAGUCAGGCCCCUGACCAGGAAGAGCUCACCAGUGUCAACUGGCCCGAGUCCUUUGCAGCCUGUGAGCACUUGUUCCUGAAGCUGGUAGGGCGUUUUGCUCCAGAGAACACCUGUCACCUCAAAUGCCUGCAGAUUAUUUUAAGUCUCUGGGAGCUCCAAGACUUACCCCAGGGGGCGUCCUGCCCUGUCCUCACCUCUUAUCACUUCAAAACAGCCCUCAUGCACCUGCUGGUCCGGCUGCCCCUGACAGACUGGCAGCACGAUAGGCUGUCUCAGCGGCUGCAAGACCUCCUGUGGUUCUUGGGCCGCGGACUCCAGCAGAGGUCCCUCCAUCACUUCCUCAUUGGGAACAGCUUCCUGCCCCUGACCAUCCCCAUCCCUAAGACGUUUCGGAAUGCUGAGCCCGUCAAUCUCUUCCAGCACCUGGUGCUAAACCCUGUGGCACACUCACAGGCAGUGGAAGAGUUCCACAACCUCCUGACCCAGGUGAAAACCCUGCCUUGUGCUCCACUGGCUGGAGCGCACUGAUGUAAAGGCCAUUAAAACGGAGAGGCGGUAUUUCUGGUUCCUCAGGCUGCAGAGGAGUUUAUUUUUCAGAUAUUCUCAGCAGUGUGUGUGACCUUCCCCUUGCCAGUGGGGCCAUUACAGAUGAAGACACUUGACGGGUACGGGAGGUGGUCACGAGGAUGGGGUGCAGUCUGCAGGGCCCCGUUCGGGGUGGUUCUUCUGAAGUUUUCUUCUCCUGACUUAACUUUCAUCAUGACCCAAAGAGGGUCCAGGGAAACAGGUAUUAUGGGAGGGACUUACUGCUGAAGAAUUGAGAUCCAGAGGGUUUUUGUUUCAGUACUGGAAGUGAAGGAGAACCAGCGAACACCUGCAUCUCAGCUUGUGCCUGUGUGAGUGACUCCCAGCACGUUCCUUGUCAGCUGCUUUCCUGGUUGAACUGUUAGCUUAAUUCACAUCAGAGUUGAUGGCACUUCAUUUUAUUCCAGUCAAAUACUGUGAUGGCAACUUCAUGUAUUUUAGGAUCUAAUUUAAAAAUAUAACAAGAUGUUUAUUUUCCAUUUUCUUUAUUUAGCCCUAUUUUCAUAUGACAAUAUAGCUAUUUUUAUGCAUCUGAAAAGACCCCAAGGCUACCCAAAUAAUUUCUUGGCACUGAUUUAACAAACAGAUGUUGAGUCAUAGUGACCUGUCCCAUAACUGAGAUGAUGUAUUUACUACAGGUAAGAGCCCACAUCUGACAACCUUUGUAGCACCUGGAAGGAACACUGUAAACCCCUUAACAAGGACAAUCUGUUUUGGGGCUCUAAGAUAAACAAUUACUUUGUUCCUGAGGGGGAAUCACUGUGAGAGAAAUGAAGGUUUGGCUACCAUCUAUACCUGCGCUUUUUCUCAGCCUGGGAAUACCUUUGUGAUUCUCAGAGAAGACAAAGGGAUUAUUUGAAGGAUGUUUGCAGUUUUGAAGAGCGGGCUCACCACCAUCCAGGCUGACUGCCAGGGUUGGACAGGAAGGGACUGUGGAGCAGCCCCGCUCUGCAAAGUAGUGAUUCUAGAGAUAUGACUGAUGUAUUUUUCCCUUUCAAAACCUCGGGCCUCCUGAGGAGGGUUAAGAAACAACUAUAGUUGUGGAUGUGGUUGUUUCGGAAAUGCUAAUACUGUCGCUACCUACCCAGGACAGGAAGACCUGCUGGGGAGGAAAACCUGGCCUGGGUUUAACAUGACCUCAGGGGGUUUAGAUGUGGCCUUUUUAGGCUUCAGUCCUGGCAAAAAUAAGUGUCCCAGCAGCUGAUUCCGGCCAACACCCGAGCGUCCAUCUCGCCUGCUAGCAUCCACCAGGUACUGCUUUCAGGCUGAGGUGCAAUGAUGGUGGAAUUUUGGUGUUUUAAAAACCACGCAUCUGCUUUGUGUGUAGAAAAUAAUUUGCUGGUGUUUGUUUCACAUCAAUAAAGAGC